ACGUUUAAGCACCAAUACUAUAUAUCAUAGUAGAAGUGCUCAAUAUGAGGUGGUAUUUUUUGGUCCGAUAUAUUUUUUUUCCAGAAUUUGUUGAUCCUUGAUUUUUUAUUAGCUUAAGUCAUAAUUGAAGUAAUAGAUUAUGAUGAAUCCCAUUCUUUCUGUGCAAAAUUUUUCAAAUUCAACUUAAAAACGAAGGUGAUACUAUAAGUGGUAACAAGUAUGAAAAUUUUUUUCUCUCGAAAUAUAUUAAAAAUGAAUCUCAUUUUACAGAUCUGAAUUGUUUUGGAUCCACUCUAAACUAAAGGCUCAUAUUUAGUUAUGCAUGGUGGGUUAUGCACCCUGAUUCCCUAAAGGGCCAUACAAUUUUGGAUAGAGGACCGACAUUACCCGAAUAGCUCCCACCACCAUUUUGCCAAACAAUUGGUUUCUUCUAUUCUUUCUUCCCGUCUCUUUGUAUGUCCCAAUAGUCAGUUUCAAGGCCAUUAUUGAUCGAUUUUCCACAUUCAAUGAUUCAGCUCCUCCUAAAAAUCACAGUGGCAGCAGCAAGAGAUAGUACUGGUAUCGAAUUUCGGUAGCCUGCUGAACUUAUUCAUGUUCCGAACCAUCGAAUGCCAGUACAUUGUGCCUGGCCAAAACUACCAGCCAGGUACCAAAACCCACCUGCUUGCUAUCUGGCCUGAAAGGAUUAAGGUACAAACCAUGUACCAAGUUCUGCAUCAAUACUUGGCUCCAAGACUUAUAGUUGCCAACCACCACUACUCCCCUAAUGUCGUCCUAGUUGUCGCCGCUUGUCAUUGGUCUUCGUCGACCACUGUGGCAACGCUUCUAUGGUGGGUGGUACUGUCAAAACCAGUAAAAACAAAAACAAAACCCUAUAUUUCAACCUUGGCUGAGAAGCCAGCAGUUAGUUAGCAAGUGAUAUGAAAGGGCGCUUAGACACCUGCACAAAACAUCACCACCAUUCGAAGAUUCUAUGUCCACAAUAUCAUGUCUGACUUUUUUUCUCUUCACCCUGCAUCUAUCAAGCUUGAGAGAUACACCCACCUUCAAUCUCAAGAAUCAGAACAGAUAUGAACUUACUGCUGAAGGAAAGUGAAGGACAGAUCAACUUCCAUUUCAGACCAGUUUGCGACAUCAGCAUUAUCUCGUCCACUCACUCUCAUGUCCCUGUUCCGUCAUCUCCCUUAGAACUCAACAUCUCAUCCAUCCAAGGAUUCUUAUUCCAUCUCCAGACAGAUAUAAAGCAAGCAAGCAAACUUAUCAUUUAAUUCUCUCUUUCUCGCCUCGUCAAUCAUAAAGCUACAACCCCAACUCCAGCAAAGAUAGAGAGGGAACGUCGUUGUGCCUUAACAGAAUCCUCUAGCCAUUUAGUCCCGUCAACCAGAGGGACUCUAUCAUAAAGACAAACAAUGAUAAUAAAUGAUUCCUGAAGAUAACAAGUGACCUAAGCAGCAGCAAUGAAGAUAAAGGUGUUGAUGACAAUGGAACAGAUAUAAUCAUAUAAAGGAGGGUAGGAUGAUACUAAUAAAGGAUAUAUGAUCAAUCAUCUUGGCAAAGGAACUCAUCUACCUACCUUUUCUCGUGUUUCAUCUUUCAUUUCUUUCCCCCCACUAACAAAAAAAACUUACUACGUGGCUGGAGAUGACAUUUCCCAAUGUCUCCGGAAGCAAAGUAACUUCCAUCCAAACCUAACCAUAUCAGUAGAGGGGAUAUUCUGCCAUGACCAUAGACAUGUAAAAGCAAUUAAAUGAAACAACAGCAAGGACAGGGAGAUUGAUUCCACCAACAGAAGAGUAGCACAAAGUAGUGGUGUGUGCCUGUGACUGUGACUGCUGAAAACCUUAAUCAUAAUCUAGCAUUGGAUGAUUCAUUCAGAAGCUAACAGAGUUUGGCAGAGAGAGACAGGCAAGAAAGAAAUAAUAUCUCCAAGAAAGCUAUUCAGACAUGAGUUCAACAGCACGUGUCUGUGUGUGUCUAGAGGGGGGAGAUGCAUGUGUGAAAGAGAAGAUGACAAAUGCUCUAUUAUGUGAAACCCAACUGAAGUGCUCUUCUUUUUUUGUGUGUGGAGCUGACUGAUUGAAUGCAACUUUUUCAGGUACAACUUUGCGAGUGGAGCAUAAUGCCACAUCUAUCUGUAGUGAUCAGUGAUACAAAGCAUAUUUUGCUCUUCACAAAAAGAAGUGAAGAGCCAAAAGCUAUGAAUGAUAUGAAGGCAAGGCACCCACAAGAUGGAAAGAGACCCCACAUAAGAUACUCUUGUUUCACAACCAAACAUUACAGACUUAAAAAUGGCAAGUCACCAAGGCUAUUCCAGUUCAUGCUUCUUUUAAGUGCUAUUAUUAGCAUGGCUUUGGUCCCAUCAUUCAUCAAACCUCUACCAAACAAACUAUCCAAUGGCUGUGGAUUCCACUUCCAACAAAUAUCAUCAUGUGUGAUGUUUUAUUCCCAAGCUAUACACAAAAAAAGCACUCCCUUCACCAAAUACGAAAAUACAUACAACUCUUCUUGCUAGCUGCACGUCUGCAAAUUAGUUCAAUAUCUCAUUAUGUGCAUAUGUUAUAUCUGUCUUUUGCAGGGGAAUUCUUCCACUAGUCACUCAUCUACUAACCCUUUGCAACCGCAAUCAAAUGAACUUAACUAAUAAGUGUUCUCUUCCUAGUCCUACUAGCUCCCGAGGCCAACAAAAGACUGGUAAUGGAAGUAAAUUCACUUCCUUCACUGCAGUACAUCACAGUGAAGUCAAGUGGGUAAAACGACCUACAUGUUAUUGUAGCGUUAACUAAUCAGCGAAUUUAACUCCAACCAGUGAACACAAACAAACAAGCAUCUCAAAAUACACAGAAGGGAUAGGUUACACAGGUAAAUGCUUGUUAAGGAUAAAGAAGCAAAUCGAUGGCAGACAGUAUCAGUAGAGAUUAUGAGGUUGACAACUGAUGGACCUGCUGUUGGGCUGCUAACCUUUGAAAUUAAAAAGUAUUAUCAAAGGACGAUAAUGGAAAGUAGGUAUAAUUUGAGCAGAGAGAACAAAAAAAAAAAAGAAGAAAAAAAAGGAAGAUACUCAAGAUUAAAAGAGAGAGAAUCCUAAGCUCGACAAAAGACUAAACAGUAAAGCUGACGUAAGCAUUGUCCCCCUGGAACACCAAGUGGGGGGAGUUAAGGUCCUGAACUGAAACCCAAGCUAUGAUUUAAAAAACGGACUCAUGCAGCAGGUUCCUUUCCAAACUGGUACUUCGCCCUCAAAUGAUUUACUCUCCCUCCUACUUUUGCCACCAUUCCAACAACCUCUCUCUAACUCAUCAAAUCUAACCUCUGCUCCCAGCUAUGGUGUUUCAGGAAGAAGGAAACGAAAUGCCAGAAGCAAGCCAAUAUCAAGAUGAAUUCACAAUAAGCAAUAGAAGCAACAACGAGUGGUUGAACCUCAGCCUAGGUGGAGGAAGCUGUAACUCGGCAACUACAGGGUGCGAUUCAUCACAAGGAAGAGUUAAACCACACGGAAAGGUUUUCUCAUGCAACUUCUGCAGAAGGAAGUUCUUCAGUUCACAGGCACUUGGAGGUCACCAGAAUGCACACAAGCGGGAAAGAGGCACAGUGAGAAGAUAUCAGUCACAAAAGAUGAUGGUUAUGAUGGGUUUACCUACUAUGCAUACUAGUCUUCCAGUCGGCAGAUCCCUCGGAGUCCAACCACAUGCCCUGGUUCACAAGCCAACUAGAGAUGUGAUCUCUACCGCCCAGAGAUUUGCUGAGCUCGAUAAAGGGUUUGGAUCAACUUGCAAGCCCUUCUCCCUUGAAGGUACGGUGGAGUUGACGUGGCCAGGCAGCUUUCGCUUGGAUCCAAAACUACCAGAGACGACCCUCGACCUUGACUUAAACCUCAAACUCUGAUCACCCCUUCUGCCAUAUCCACAAUUAUCCUCUCAUGUCAGUUCUAUAAGGAACAGUUAAUAGACUUUCCCCAUCUACCAAUAGAAACCUGAUGGAGAAGGAGAAACAAAACCUGAGACCUCAUAAUCCUGCAAUACAGGUUCUUCCUGCUUUAACUAGAAUCAAAAAGUGGGGAAAAGCCAACCAUGUAUCAUCUCUCUACAGAACAUCAAAAUCUCAUAACUUUUCAGGAAAUUUCAUUGAAAAUAGUGUCGAUGCUUAUUUACUUUGCGAAGUGUCUGUUGGUUUCCCCAGAAGAUGAUGAGAGAUUACCUCUGCCAAGAUGGUGUAAAGGGAAUUGUAAUCAAAAUCAAGUCAUAGAAAUCAGUGGCACCUACCAGAUCUAGAAUCCAAGUUAAAAGAGCCACUCAUUCAUCCAUCCAUGUAUGUUCUUUAUUAUAAAGACUUCAUUGCAGUUCUCGAGUCACUGUUCUUCCAUGGAACGAUUAAGAGGCAACAAUCCGAUGUCUCUCAAUCCAUUUGACUGCCAGAGCUCAGGGCCUAGACAGUGUCUGUACAUUAUACAGCAUCCUACAAACAUCUUGUUCUACAUAGUUCCUCCCCCCGCCAACUCUUCACUUUUCAUACUCUGCAGCAGUUAAUGCAUACUACAACUACAAAGUGUAUCCUAUUCUUUACUUCCUACACGAUACAUGGUACUAUGCCUUAUUUCAAUAUCACCAACACGAUUAUCCUAAAAAAUUCCAAUCUUUAGAAAAACGCCCUCCUCUCAAUGAGCCUUCUUUCAAUAUCACCAAUACGAUUAUCAAAGAAAGAUUCCACUCUUUGGAAAAACGUCAUCCUCACUUUUUUUUCCUCCAUAUAGCAAGUUGUAAUUCAUCGGAACCAUCAUACUCUACUGACAAUAGAACAUUAGAAAUAGAUAUCAUCGUAGCACUUGGCCUCUGUUGCUUUACCUCCCAAAUAUGCAAGCAUAAAGUUCUAUUGAAAAAUUCACCGAGCAAAACAUGUGUGUGCCAACAUAAUACACCUACAGGGUCUUACCCUCUAUCACAACAACAUUGGAAGAACGUCGUCUUCUUCUAUAAUAAGUCACACAAUUUACCAUGGACCCUUAAGCUUCUGAGUCCUAUGCAUGAUGACAGGAAGCCUCUGGCUGAUGAUGUUAGGAUCACUAUAAGCAGAAUCAUCAAUAGGGUACCCUUUCUGCAGCAAAAUACAGAAAUAUCAGAUGAGGAACAAGUAACAUUAGGAUGCUAAACCACUUUCAAGGAUGAGAGAAAAUGUUCUCUAUCUUUCAAAGUCGAGAGUGAACACUGAAUGUUAUUCACAACAAUUGUCCUUUUUUCCUUUAAAGCGACUAUCCACGCUACUUGAGGGUCACUGAUAACGUUAUUCCUUCAAUUAUAUAUACCUGAUAUACAAAAUUCAGAAAGCAAUGUUCUGAUUGAUUUCAUCAGGGGCUACAUUGAACUAAAGAGAUAAUAUUUGGAAGCCGUAGCUCCUGUAGGAGAAGCUUAAUAACAUUACAGAAUCAUGAUGCUGAUGACAAACUAUAAGAAAUUCCGCGAAAUAAUAUAUACAUCUCUCUUCUUCGGGCUCUUCCUAUUGUCUAGUUGAAAAUAUAUUCUUUCCUACGGCUUCAUUUUUCUCACUAAAUUAAAUCUGCUUCUUUAUCCUUUCGAUAAUGAAAACUUUUUCAAAUAUUUACUAGGCUCUUCCUAUUUGAAGGACUAAUGUAUUCAGUAAGGUGAUGCAAAAGAAACUGGCCUAAGAUCAGUUUGGCUCCUGAAGAGCAUAAACAGCUUCACAAGGAUAGGAAAUAUGAGAUAGCAACCAUCAUGGAAGUCAUUGUACGCUUGUUGCACAUACAGCAGAGAUCAGAAUAUGGCAAUGCAUAGGGAGAAUGCGAAACCUACCGCAGACAGAGCCUGAAAGGUCACUUGUCUCCAGCAGCUUUCACGAAGGAUAACAGGGUUUGCACUGUCACUGAAAGCACAAUAGAUGCGUGUAUCCCGUAAUCUCAUCAGGACUCCAUCAACUCUCAGCUGUACAUCAAAUUUGAAUCAGAUGGCAUGGAAAAGGAAGUUAAUGCAAUAAGAAAACCAAUAAAAAUAUGAAAAGAUAACAGCAUUAAGAUAAGAAAACCCGGUAAUGUCA